UAUGGAUCUUUAUCCUGUACUGGCCAGGGACAUUUUACAUCAGCCCCACCUAUGACCCUAUGCACGCGAGACAGGCACUCAUCAGCCUUCAACCGGACCCCACUGAAGUUACUCUCCUGCGCCAGACUAAAUCAUUGGAAUCUGCGGUAACAGUGCCAAUACUUGUAGAUUCAUCCUUGGGACUUGAGACCUAUUUUUAUGCCAACUUUUCGGCGUCAGAAGUGAGCUUCACACUCAUCAGCCCGGCAGGAGAUGAGACGGAGAUUCCUUCGCCUUAUACUCAUACUGUGAUUGAUGCUGCAGUUGGUACUUGGAAAAUGGUGCUGAACAGUACAGAAGGGGGCACAGUCGACAUCCUGGUGACCUCGAAUCGCCGUAGGAACGGAAACGACGUGGAAGUCAAAACCUGGACGUCUGCUUCCAGUCAGGGCACGCUGGACUUGGACACCAGCGGCCUGAUCUUUUACGUCUCUGUCACGCAAGAGAACGUGGCUGUGAAAGGGCUGCACGUCACUGCCACGUUCUACUCGGGAAUAUCCACUGCGGGCCAAGUGUCUGUUACUUUAAGCGAUGACGGUUAUGGCGACCCUGACAUCCAACUUCACGACGGCAUAUACUCUGGUUACGUCACGGACUUCGGCUUGCACGCGUCCAUAGAAGCUGAAUUAUAUGUUGACGUCACAGUCCAGCCCUCUACCGGCUCACUAGCACCUCCUCCUGUGGGUAGCAGAGCUCUGCCCCAAGACCCAUUCGAAGAAGCACCAUGCUGUGGGUCUGUUGCUCCUGGAGCCGUGAGCCUCGAGGUAAAUAGAUUCAUCACUGGCUCGACUGCGGUCACCAUCCUCAAGGGUCCUUCAUUUGGUACAUAUGACCCGCCUCCGAGCAGGAUUGAAAGCUUGGUAUCAGUAGCAGUGGAUCAGGAUGGGCCGGUGAUCGAGGCUGGCACUGUCAAAGUUACACUGAAGUGGAAUGCCCCGGGAAAGGAUUUUACGCAGGGAAAAGUAUCACGGUAUGACAUCUGGUACAGCGAGACCCUGGAAGACCUUAUAAACGACCCCGAGUCGACGACUAAAGUAGAAGACUCUCAGUACGAAGGAGGACCUCCGACACCCUUGGAAUACGGAGGCGAGCAAACAGCAGUGCUUCUCCUGCCGAAGUUGGUGGAUCAAGAAACACGAUAUUUUAUAACGGUUGUCCCAGUAGAAACCAGGGAUAAUGAUGAACAAAAGGGAGACCCGAGUUCACCAGUUAGUGUUAUGGUAACAUCUGGCAGCCCUUUCACCACAACCACCACCACUCCUGAGCCUACAACCACAACUACAACCACUCCUGAGCCUACAACCACAACUACAACCACUCCCGAACCUACAACUUCAACCACUCCUGAGUCUACAACCACUCCUGAGUCUACAACCACUCCUGAGUCCACAACCAGUCCUGAGUCCACAACCACUCCUGAGCCUACAACCAGUCCUGAGUCCACAACCACUCCUGAGCCUAUAACAUCUGAGCCUACAACCACCCCUAAGCCUGAAACCUCAACCAGCGCCACGCCUGACCCUACAUCUCUUACAACAUCUUCUAGCUCCACGUCUGAUCUUACAACCCCAGCUAGUACCACCUUUGAGUCUACAAAAGGUCCUGCCACAUCCCCAACUAGCUCUCCCAUGAGUACUGAAUCCACUCCACCAUCGGGUACAGGAUCACUAGGCUCGACUCCGACCGUUCCGUCAACAGAUGGGACUACUUCCGAUCCAGGAGAUGGUGAUGGCUUCGUCGGUUCCGUCGGCUUCUGGGUUAUCAUUGGCGUAGCAAGCGCAGCCGUAGUAGCUGUUAUCGCAAUUGCAGGGUACUACUUUGUGAAGAAAAGAGGAAGCGGCGGCAGCAUGUCGAUGGACAAGCAGAAACUUACCUCGACGCCCUUAACACCCGUUGACGCCGAGAGAGGCAUUUCCUCUCCGGUAAGUGAGGUUCCUCCCCCUUCAGCGCCUAGUCCCGCUGAGCCCAUGGAGGUUAUCAAAGAGAGUCCGGAGGCGGAGGACUCGGAUGACAGCGAAGACCUCGAUACCAAGUUGUGAUUUCUUGCGGCAUAGAAUCGGGAGGUUUAGAAAGCGCGGUCAUUUUCUGUUUUAGUUUUCUCAAAGUGUUCGCAGAGGCAAAAGUAGUUUUAGGAGUAACUCGCUCUACUGCUUUUUACAAAUUUAUGAAACUUAUUAAUACUUGUUUGUUUUCACAUAUUCAUCAUUAUUUUUUUAUUAUUAGUUGCAUAUAUCUUAUGAGUACUUGUAUUAGUUGCAUACGAGAAUUUGAAAAGGAUGCAUUUUCAUAGAGUUACUAUAAUCACUAUUUCUGCAAAAGUAUUGAAUGGGAUGGAUCGGACUCGAUGCGACAUAUAACUGUAGGCUUAAUACAUUGAUAUUUGAUUAGAUUGAUUAUAAUCCAAAUUGUUCAUUCACUUGGCUUGUUAUAAAGCAACCAUACUGUUCCAUGCUAUUCAGAUAUAUGAUACCACUGCGAAUUUAAAUGUUAUUGAAUCAAAUCAAGUAGAUUAAGUCGCUGAUAAACAAACAGCUGAAUAAAUAAACUAUGUUCAGAACUGGUUUGAGCUAAUCAUCAGUACCCGAAGAAUGUAUUCAUGUUCACCUACUUCAGGUCAAAUCUGCAGAUUAAUAUCUAAGAAAUUCCGAAGACUACAUAUCUCGUUAUCCACGAAAAAUAAGCAAUAUUUCUCCGAAUAAACCGUAGGCUUGGUCACAUGGCCAAUAAUCCCUGUCUUGGGUCAGAUUCUCUAUUACAAUCUUGAUGAUGAUUUUAGAAGUUUUAUACACACGAACUUGUUCUAAUUAUACCCUGAUAAAACAUCAGAAUCUUUUUUUCCUGUAGCAUUUAUACCAAAUGUUUGCACUUGACUUUUGUAGAGUGCAGAGUCUAAUUUGUAAAUAUUUGUAGAAAACACAGGGUAAACGUGUAGAAUGUACCAAAUUUCUUGAUAAUUUGUCCUCUUGUGAUAGGCCCUUUAUAUUAGGUCGAAGUAAAACUGUUGAAAGAUUUGCCAUCGUGCGAGAUGCUGGAUUCGUCUUGUGUUUAGCGUUGGAAUAAAGAUUGGGAGAAGGU